UUCCCUUUUUUUUUUUCAUGUUUCUUUGCAGGUUUUGUAUAUAAGUGUUGUAUAUAAUAAGUGUGUAUGAUGAAUACAGCCUUGAGCACUUCGCGUGCCAACAGUAGGAAUAGCAAGGAUAAGUCAGCUAAAACUGCAACACAGGCACAUAACACAAUGAAAAUUGAUGGCCCCCCCAAAGUACAACCAACCCAGGAGCAAAUCCGUAUUGCUCAAAUGAUUGAAGACAGAACAGAAAAUGAAGAUCGUGCUAAUCGUAAGAUUGAAAAAAUUGAACAGGUAAUGGAAGCCUCUGGCAAAACCUAUGAUGAGGCUGCUGUGGCUUUACACGAUGCCGAAUUUGAUCCCGAGAAAGCCGUCAUCAUGCUGCUAGAAGGUGAAAAUGACCAAGGUGAGUGGAAAGAGUCUGGAAAGAAAAAGAAACGCACCAAUACUGCUGCUGCCUCCACUCCCAAGUCAGAACCUGUCUCCAAUCAUAUUUCUGAAAACAGAUCAGAGAUUCGGGAACGUAGUAAAGAUUGUGAACAUCGCACAGCUGACAGAGCUGAGUUUGGACAUAGGCGUGCACGACGCACUGGACCUGUUGCACCAAGACAUGCACGUUCCAGAGGAAGAGACAGAAGUGACUUCCGAGAAAACAAAGAAAAUGAAGAUGAAAGUAAUGAAGAUGGUGGCAGAGAACGUAACUUUGGAAGAGGUCGAGGAAGAGGAGUAGGUCGGCGUGGACGUGGACCACGAAGUUUUCGAAAUCAGAGGUUUGAUAAAGGUCCACAAAUUGACACUUGGACCAACGAGACUGCUGAAAAUGCUGAGAAGGAAAAUUCAACUUGGAAUGAUACCUUAUCUCCAGAGGAUUGGAAUGAUGACAGUUGGACUGGAAGUGUAAGUAAACUGUUGCAAUGUCUUUUUUUAUAGUUUUUUCCUUUUUUUUUUCUUUUUCUUUUUUAGUUUCCGUUAGUUAUUUUAAUUCUUUGAAAUGGCUUUGCUUUUUAGUUGUCAUUUUCAUUGUUCUAUCUCUGCACAGGUUUUUGUCAUGGUUUAAUUUGCUUGCCUUACAGUGGGUGUUGCUAUAAGAUUAGAUCAGCACAUAGGCAAAUAGAUUAUCAACCCUAAUUACAGAAUACCUACUCAAAAAUGUUUCAAUAUUAGGUUAUAACAAUUGGGAAUUGACAUUAUUUCUUAACUUGGUGGCAUAAUUUGCUGAAUCAACAACUGCAGUUCUUCAGUUAUUUCUGAUUGCCUUAAACUCUUUAUUGACACUUCAUGUAUCAAUAUUUAGGAAAUAUAUACAUUAGUAUUCUGCUAUAUAUUGGUUUCGCACAUUGACAUAAAGCCGAUAAUUUUAUGAGUGGGAGUUAGUCAGGUAUAUUGACCCCAGUGCUCAACUGGUACUUAUCUUAUCAACCCUGAAAGGAUGAAAAAGUAAAGUCAACCUGGAUAGAAUUUAAACUCAAAACAUAGACAAAAUGCCACUAAGCAUUUUGUCUGGCAUGCUAAUGAUUCUGCUAGCUUGCUGCCUAAUAUGCUGCUAUACAUUGUUUUAAGUUAUUCAUUUAAUAUUUAAUACUCUUAGCAAGCAUACUUCUUCAUUGUUUCACUUAAAUGUAAUCAAUGGUGUUUACCUGACUGGUUUUAUUUGUCUCUGAUAUAGUGUUGUUUAAACUGCUUCUAAGUGCGGAAUUACAGAAUUGACAUAUUACACUUCUAUUGAAUAAGGAAUUGCAACAUUGUGCAAAUAUAUCAAAUAAAUUUGCAAAUCAUUUAUUUUUAAAUGCUUUGAAUUUACAUUUUAUUUGGCUUUCAUUGGUAUUUAAUAUUUUUGUU